GAUAAAUUACACAACUGAACGAUUUCAUAAACAUUUAUCAGUACCCAGAUAACAUUCUUUAAUUCUUCGACAAGUCAACGUCGCCAGUGGAUUUAUUUCAUAGAAGCAACAAUCCUUUUGGUCCACAAUGUUGGAGACGUUGUGAUCAAUCUGCACUUUGUGACACAGCUGCUUGUGAAGAGUUAAACUUGCAGAGGUUUGCCAAACCCCCACAAAGGGACUAAAUACAGACACCAGAAACACAUCAGUUCGGGGCAGUCAGAGAGAUGAGGUCAGGAUAACCGCCAAUAGACUGAUGUGGUGAAAAUAUGAAAGAGGAAGACGUCCAACGAAAAUAUACAAUGCGCAAAUGUGCAUUAACUAAUCGCUCUGGAAGGACUUUUGCUACAUUUUGGAAUUGACUAUAUGACAUGACUCUAAUCUCCAACAUCGCCUAUAUGACAUUUACUCGUUUUAUUCAAUGCUGUCAGGCGAUUCAAACAUUGAAAAACAACUUAAAGUUAAAGAUUUCAAACAAUUGUCAUUUGGAAAUAUUGAUUACUCCGUCUAUUUUUCUUUUCAGUGAUUAUUUAUUCUUCGCACGUUAUACAAGAAAGGAAUAAUAAGAUUUAAGUUUAAGUCUAUCAGUACGGAAGGAGUCGUGGAAUUUUACUGCAAAUGUAGAACAUCUGUUAACAUUGCAUAGAACUGUUUCCCCUCCCCAAAACAAAGAUUUGUAAGUUGCUCUACCAGUCGAUUCCCUUUUAAGUGAGCUCUGUUCUGAGCUUUCCCACGCUUCCCUCGACCCGCGUGUUUGACGUACGGAGACGUCAUCGUGCCUGAACACCAAUUGGAAAGUGGAAAGGGCGGGGCGACGGAGCUGCCUGUCAAUCAGAGCAGCCAGACAUUGCAACAUUGAUAUAGCUUAUACCGUGGGAAAGAACAUUAGACUGGGUUCAGGCUGCCAACAGCGAGCAGGAUUUGUGCUUUCGACUCAAAGACCACGCUUCCAAAUACAAGUCGUUGACAGUUUUCACCCGUGGAAAUGAAGCGCCCUUGCGAAGAGAGUUCUUCAGAGAGUGAUAUUGAUGAAACUAUCGACGUGGGGAGCGAAAAUAACUACGGAAGUCAGGGCAACAGUACAAUCCUAAGAGCUGGCUCCCCGUCUACGACGUCUCAAAUUUUGGCCAGAAAAAAGCGAAGAGGGAUCAUUGAAAAAAGGCGUCGAGAUCGUAUUAACAAUAGUUUGUCGGAGCUUCGUCGACUAGUUCCUACCGCUUUUGAGAAACAGGGCUCAGCCAAGUUAGAGAAAGCGGAAAUACUUCAGAUGACAGUGGACCAUUUAAAGAUGCUGCGGGCGACCGGAGGUAAAGGGUUUCUGGAUGCUCACGCCCUGGCCAUGGACUUCAUGAGUAUCGGUUUCCGGGAGUGCCUGGCCGAGGUGGCCCGGUACCUGAGCUCGGUGGAGGGUCUCGAUAGCUCGGACCCGCUGCGGCUCCGCCUGGUCUCCCACCUGAACACUUACGCCUCUCAGCGGGAAGCGGCUGUCAUGACCUCGUCGGUGGCCCAUCACCAUCACCACCACCAUCAACACCAACACCAUCACCAGCAGCAUCACCAUCACCAGCAGAGGGUUCAGCAACACCAGCCGCACUGGACCGCCGCUUUCCACCAGCUGCCCUCCGCCUUGCUGCAGCACCACGGCCUCUCCUCCGAGCUGCACCCAGGACCUUGGCUGAUAACCCACUGCAAGAGCCACCAGUACUGUUACCAGCAAGUCGACAGCCAUUUGACUCGGGAGCUUUCUGCUUUUAAAUACCCCAAUGUUGACUAUUUUGUUUACACAAAUUAUAGCCAAUCGACUGCGUCUCCCUGAAGAAAAUGAUCUCCUUUCAGCCCAGCUAGUACGGGAGACAAGGUCUUCCCGCAUACCCAGCAAUUUGACCACAAAGACGGUAGAGGAGUAAAUCAAGCCUUGGUGAUUUUGGACCCAUCUCAUUAGUACCGCCAACUCUUGCAAUUACAGUACGUCUUCUCUAACUCAGGCGAGUUCCUUUUGGAUGUUAAAUCCACCUUUCCCUUUUGAGACUUCUUAUCGGAAUAUGAACCAGCCUGUCACAAACAUUAUAACUUGGGAUGUUUGGUGGACCAGUGGAAUACAUUUAGCUUCAGUUGUCUUGACCCUUUUCAAUUUAAUGUUCUCCUGGAAUUCUGGAGCGAUGUCUAGUGAAAUGGGGACUUACAGCAGUCAAUCACCGCCAAAAACAAUCGGAUAGAGAAAUCAGUUGGAGGAAACACACUGCAACUUGGAAUCGGCAGGUUUCCCCUAAGGUCGCAGUACCUGAAGCAUCCAAGACCGUAAUCGCGAAUAAGCAUUCUCACACCGCCGUGCCUAUCCUCUGAAUGUUAAUCAUAUGUUGACCUGUAUCUUGUUUGGAAAUCGUCAGCAGCUAAGUUGACCCGGUGCUAUUGUAAGAAAUACAUUUAGUCGGGGACAAAUAUGGCAAUAUUGUUUCAUCUGUAUUUCCUCGGAGAAUUAGAAAACGGCUAAUUUUCAAGUUCGAAGCUGAAUUUGACACUCCAUACAAUGCAACAGAAUUGUUUGAUCCGAUUUAUGUAUUAUAAAUUUUAAGAGAAAAACAAGAGUUACAGGACCCAAUGUUAACUUCUUCGAUCACUGGUCUAUUGCUAUAUUUUACUGAUGUAAAUCCAAUAUUUGUUUUCCCAGAUUCUAAAAAUCUAAUCUUAUUAAUUAAACAUUAACAAAAUUGACCACAGAGUGAAAAGAAUUUUUGUGCUUCUUCAGAUCCACUGCACAGUUAGAAUGGUAAUCCUCCAAUUUGAUUUAAAAUGUGACCUAGACUGAGACAAUUCCUGCAAAUUAGCACAACACCGUGUAUUUAAAUCAGAUUACACUCUAUGUCUGCUUUGUGGUUAUGAAUAUCUCCAGUCAUUUACAGCUCUGCAUAUUCAGUGUCCUCGAAUUACCUUGAUUUGAGAUUUGUGGGGCACUGUGAAUAAGGGAUCAGAAACAAUGUGAUAGGAUUCUGAUUAAUUUUAUGUACUGUACUUUGUUUUCUUCACCCAUUAUAAUAGUUUUUUUUAAGAGUACAUCAAGUGACCUGUCAAAAUUCUUUCAACCCUAAAGCUUUAACUUAAUAUUAUGGGAGAAAGUGAGGACUGCAGAUGCUGGAGAUCAGAGCUUAAAAAUGUGUUGCUGGAAAAACGCAGCAGG